GUGCAGUGCGCGUCUUGGACACGGCGCUGCGCUCUCGGCGCUCCGCCGCUCUACUCGUCUGAAAGCACACCCCGCCCUCCCUCCACCUCCAUCUCCACCUCAACCAGCGCCGAAACCGCACAACCACAGAGGAGAGCGGACAUCCAUCCGGCUCUGUGAUAGUAACCGAGGCACACCGUUCCCAGCUCAGACCCCUCUCAGUCAGGACACCAGGUUCUCGGGCGCUAUCAGUCUCCGGAGGUGCGUCCAGCUCACCCGCUCGCCUGCCGCGCCGUGACGCUCCGCUCCACUCCGCGACGCGCCGGGUCGGUCCGGUCGCUUCCCCCCGUGGAGAACAGUAUUCCCUGGAAGCUGGAUGAAUUAUUGGAGAGUUGUGAACAAGUGCGAGAAGAAAGCUGAGGCUCAGGAUCUGCCUCCUCGCUCCGUCCAGGGAAGACUAGACUCAGCCAGAGUUGUGGACGAUAAUGGAGGGGACGUCCCUGUAUCUUCCUAUUGUUAUUUUACUCAUGCAAUGUUCCCCCUCCGUUCCUGUUACCGUGUCGACCAACAGACACAAGGUGGAGGUGCGGGAGUUCUCAGAUGCAGUGCUGUCCUGCAUGUUCCGCACAGAGAAGGACCAGAGUCCGCGCAUCGAGUGGAAGAGGAAGGGGAAAGAUGUCUCCUUUGUGUACUUUGAUGGACAAUUCAAAGGUUCCUUUGAAGGGCGGGCGACCAUGGAAGGUGCGACAGUGACGCUGAAAAGGGUGACCCAGGAGGAUGCUGGGGAGUACCGCUGUGAGAUCAGCGCUCCUCUUGACUCUGUAAAUCUGGGCGAGACUAAUGUCACCCUCAAAGUCUUGGUACCCCCACACACCCCGUCCUGUGAAAUCCCCAGUUCGGCAGUGACGGGCUCAGUAGUGCAGCUGCGCUGUAGGGACCAGCAGAGCAUCCCGCCUGCUACGUACGUCUGGUUCAAGGACAACCAGCCAAUCAGCACGCCACGGCACGCCAACGCCACCUAUCUAAUCAACUCACACACAGGAGUACUGGAGUUUAAAACUGUGGCCAAAGAAGACACCGGCCGGUACAGCUGCCAGGCUGCGAACGGGGUGGGACAGCCCAAGAAGUGUGAGGGCAAGCACAUGACGAUAGAGGACGUCAACGUCACAGCCGUGGUGGCGGCGGUGGUGGUGGUCUGCCUGGUCAUCGUGGUCUGUGGAUGCGGGGGAUUCGUCUUGCAUCGCAACGGCUUCUUCAGCAGACACAGAGGAAGGUCCAAUGUCAACUACAUCCCUCCACCCCAAGAAGAUUUCAAACACACUCAGUCAUUCAUGCUCUGAGAAGCUGGCCUUCCUUGAAGAAUAACAUCACCCUCGUGAUAUGGUGCCAACACUGGAUUCAGAUUUUUUUCCCCCCUCCUUCUCUGGACUCAGAAUGAGCUCUUUGAUCUUCCAAUAAAAUGCUAAUUUCAAUCUU